AUGGCUGAUUCGUGGAUGUAUCAACCGCUGUCCGCACAAUUCGGGCAGCCUAUCGAACAGGAGACUAAGACAUUGGAAACACCACCCACUUUCGCCCCAGCAGCAGCUACGAGUCCUGGCCUCUCCGCACUACGGGACAACAGCUCCCCGGCUGAGAUUGCCAGGACGGCUGCAGCGCAUAGAGUCCGGCGGCGUAACAGAGUUAUCAAUUCCUGUCUGGAAUGUCGCCGCCGGAAGCUCAAGUGCGACAAGCUCGCCCCGUGCACGAACUGCGUUCGCUUCAAGCGGGACUGCCUGUAUCUCGCUCCUUCUCUAGACUCACUGAGCCAGGCUAAGCUAGCUGAUAUGAAGGAGAAGAUGGGCGCUCUAGAGAAGAACCUCGAACGCGAGGUAGCUGGUCGCACACCCGUUAAGCCGCAUAUCGGCGGUGCUAAUGUGACGAGGAGUCCACUGCUUGAAAACCACACACAUGUCGACGCGGAGGAAGAAGACGAAGUGGAUGGUGACGACGAGGAUGUGUUGGAGCCCACUCCGCUUGCUUCGCUCGAUAACACGUAUGAGGACGGCGGCGACGACGAGUUGAUGGACCUCGGUGUACAGAUGGGUAAGAUGCGCAUCUCUGAGCGUAUUGGAGGGUGGGUGCGGCCGAAGUUGGUUGAUGAGCUCAAUGACACGCUCAAGGAUGUCACUGCCGGCAAAUCUCGAUGGUCGAACACAACGGUCGCCAAUGACCAUCGCGAGGUCAAUCCCGAAGGAGCAAAGAUACAAGCCAGCCCGAAGAGCUAUAUAGGUCCUGGACCUGACUACAUUGCUCCAGCGUCAAGUUUCUUCUUCCCAGGCACAAACAUGAACACGAGUAUGCUGGACUAUCUUCCAUCUCAAACAGCUUCGGAUCAGCUGAUAGCACGAUACUUCGCAGCUGUACAUCCGGUCUGCCGUGCAGUGCACCGCCAAACAUUUGAGGCACAAUACUCAUUAUUUUGGGGCCAAGUGAACUCUCGAUCAGAACCAGCCCGUGCCAUUCAGGCCGUCAUGUUCGCCGCUAUGUUCUCUGCGGCAGUCAGUCUAGACGACGUACAGGCGGCGCGAACAUUUGGGACAUCGAGAGCAGCGCUGAUCGAUAGCUUCCGCUCUGCGACCGAGAUGGCGUUGGCCAAGGCGAACUUCCUACGCACCACCCGAGUCGAUGUCAUGCAGGCUUUCGUCAUGUACUUGAUACCAUUGGUGCGGGCUGAGGUCUCGCGUGCACACUCCGCGCUUGUUGGAACUGCGAUCCGGCUUGCAGAGUGUAUGGGGUUGCACAGGGAUGGCAGCUUGUAUUCCAUGAGUCCCGUGGAAGUUCAUGUACGCCGCCUAAUCUGGCAUCAACUAUGCUUUCUGGAUCUGCGCACGUGCGAGGCAACAGGGCCACGGCCACAGAUCAGACCGGGAGACUACGACACCAAGCUUCCUCUCAACGUGGAUGACUUGGACUUCCUUUCCAAUACGCCGCCGACAGAGGACGAGCCAUACUGGACAGACGCCACGAUAAUUCGAAUCAGGGCCGAAUAUGUUGAGCUUCGCCGCCAAACGUGGUUCGAUGUAGUACAAAUCGACAAGAAGAAAAAGUCCCUAACAUCCUCCGUCAUCAAAACGCAGAAAGUCUGGAAGUCCAUGACUGAGCACUACUUCCCAAUGAUGGACGCUGACAAUCCGCUUCAUACUCUGGGAAGACACAUCCUUACCCUUGGUAUACAAGGCUGUUUCUUGCAAUUACUACACAGAUACCUUUUCAGUGCCGUCCAGCGUAUGCCAGAUCGACUUCGACAGAUAUUGAUUGAAGCGGGCCUGACACAAAUGGAGAACGCCAUUGCGCUCGAGACAAACCCACAAUUGGCAAUCUGGUCAUGGUAUCGCGGCGCUUUCAAUCAAUACCACAGCGCCCUUCUGCUGAUGAUUGAGGUGUAUGCAUAUCCGAUGCGCAAGGAUGCCCCUAAGAUCUGGAAAUGCCUGGACUACAUCUUCGACAUCCCACCGCAUCUUACGCCGAAGCAAAAAGCGGAGCUGGUCAUCACAGAUUUACGCGACCGUAUGGAAGUCUACCACCAACUGCGAAAAUUGAAGGCUACGACACAGAUGGAGGAGAGGGUGAGCUCGCUUAACAAAUCAUCUGUGCUUCAAGGUUGGGAUGUGGAUGGUAAGACAAAAGCGCCACCGGCCGCAGAUACCAGCUUCAAUAUGCCGCCGCUGAACUUCAGUCCCCCACCUGUGGAGCGGACCGACUCAACCAGCGGUGAUAGUAGGCACAACAGUGCAGUACCUGGAGCCCUUGGAGGUGGUGGAGACGUGGCAAUGCACGGUCUAGAAGACAUUGAUUGGGCUGAGUGGGACAAGUACUUCCCGAUCGAACAAAACACUGGUGAACUAAACCUCGAGGAGUACGAUAUGUCUACUUUCAACGGCGGUUUGAGUGGCCCACCUCUCGACCCUUCAGUAUUUGCUGCUGCGGCAGCAGUAACGACCGAUUCUACGCAGCCACUGCCAGAGGAUCUCGGUGACAUCAGCUUCACGCCUACCUUCUACCCCAAUAUGUCGAUGCGUACAGGUGGGAGUCAAGGAUACCCAGGAUUCCGAUGA